AUUACCUGGGGUUUGGGCCCCCACCCCCUGGACGAUGCCCCAGGCACCCUGGGACAGGUAUAAAAGAGCUGAGCUCCUUGCAGACCUCUAUCCACAUCCCUCCACUUGACUCUCCUCAGCAACCGGAACUCCUUGUCUGUGUGACCAUGUCCUGUGGCAGCCUGUGUGUCCCCUCCUGUGGGGUGGCCACCCCGGCCCCUCUGGCUGACACGUGCAACGAGCCCUGCGUGCGGCAGUGCCCCGACUCCACGGUGGUGAUCCAGCCCCCGGCCUCAGUGGUCACCUUCCCCGGGCCCAUCCUCAGCUCCUUCCCCCAGCAGAGUGUGGUUGGCUCAGCAGGAGCCCCCGGCGUUGGAGGGGGCUACGGUGGCACUUUUGGAGGCCGUGGGGGCUACGGAGGCUACGGGGGCUAUGGGGGUUAUGGUUAUGGGGGUUAUGGAGGCCUUGGGGGCUAUGGGGGUUAUGGCUAUGGGGGCUAUGGGGGCUGUGGGGGCUCCAGAGGCGUCGGCACCUGCGAUUUCGGGGGCUGGCGCAGUGGCCACAGGUACCUGAGUGGCAACUGCGGGCCCUGCUAAGCCCCAGCCCGAGCCCGGCCACAGCCCCAGAGGAGCUGCAGCAAACCCCCCGGCACAUCCCGACACGGCGCCUGGAGGAAGAACACCCCUCUGCCAUCACUGGGCUCCAGAGCUCGGGCACCUCGUGCCUGCUCGGGGCCAGCUCUGCCCCUUUGCUGCUGUGCUUGAGCCUCCCCUCAGGACCCGCUGCCUCCUCCCGGCACAGCCCGGGGCUGGGCUCCUGCUCCCGCUGGGGGCUCGGCACAGCUCUGCCCACUGCCAGGAGCCAGGGAAGCCCUUGGCCAGGGCCCUGCUCUUCUGCCAACUCCCUCCUCCCCUCCAACUGCAAUAAAAGCUGUCUUUGCAUCGCAAUCUUGAGCCCUGGUUUCAUUUGCUCUCUCCUCCACACCCAAUCCCCCAGUGGCACCGGGGCUUUCCAGGAGUGUCCCAGCAGCUCCCACUCGCUGAAUCCUUAGGAGGACG